UGAAGACUAAAGACUGCAGCAGCACGAAAGGACCUCAGCAGCAGCUUUGCAAACUUUUCAGGGGUUUAAUAACUGAUGUGAAUAUCACCACCUCUGACGGAUCCACAUAUCUGAGAAGAAGAUGCACCUUGAUAUGAAUCUCCUGCAGAUUCUUGCUGUGCUCUUCCUGCAAGGAGCUUGGGGUCAAAGCAGCAGCAGCAGCGGUGGUGGUGGUGUGGUGGUGGAGACCAAGAACAUUACCCUCCCUGCAGGCUCCAGGGCCGUGCUGCCCUGUCAGAGCCCCCGCAUGGUGUGGACCCAGGACAGACUGAAGGACCGUCAGAGGGUGGUGCACUGGGACGUCGUCUAUAGCAGCCCUCCAUAUUCGGUGGAGCGAGUUUUGGACAUGUCACCUGGAGCUCGUCAGAGGGUUUACAACGGCUUUAAUAAGGGCCGCGUUUCUAUAUCAGACUCUGCUUUCACUGAUGGAAAUUUCUCGCUUUUCAUCAACAAUGUACUGACAAGCGACAAAGGAGUUUAUACUUGUAAUUUGCACCAUCAUUACUGUAAGAUUCACCAGUCCAUCCAGAUCCAGCUCAAUGUAACUAAGUCAGCUCGGAAAGAGAAACGAUACUGGGAUGGAGAGAAGACUGUGCUUGUGGUCCUGUUGGGGAGCUCAGUUAUGCUGCCCUGUGUGAACCGGCUUGCCCUGUGGAGAGACGGAGUGCAGGAAGACCAGCAGCAGGUGGCCCACUGGGACUUCCAGCCUCCUGGGGUACGUCCCAACAAGGCGGACCGACUGGUGGACCUCUAUGCCUCUGGAGAGCGAAGAGAUUACGGGCCUCUGUUUGCCCAGAGGAAGAUGAACGUGGCAGAGGAUGCUUUCACAUACGGCGACUUCUCACUUUCCAUCUUUGACUUGAAGCCUGCAGAUAAAGGCCUGUACUCCUGCCACUUGCACCAUCACUACUGUGGUCUGCAUGAGAGACGCGUCUUCAGGCUCACUGUGGGACCUCCGGUUCCACUCGAACCCACAACCGCUCCUAAAAUCUAUGUGAAUGACGAGCAAGAAAAAAAGCCGGAGGAGGUCUCAGGGGAAGAUGGUCCACGCGUGGUAAACGUCUUCCUCCCUGAACAGCGAGGUUAUUUUGUCCAGCAUUUGGGCUACUUCCUGGCAACCUUCCUGCUACUGGCCUUCAUUGUCUUCGCUGUCAUCAUGCUGACUAGGCGACGGAAGAAGAGAGGACUGGAGUAUGAAAUGGGUAGAUCUGUUAGGGCCAGCAUAAUCAGUGGAGGUGAGAUGGCAUUAGAAUGCACAGAGCUGAGGACUUACAAUCAGGAACCUUUGAAUUCAGAUUACAAAAAUAAUCUACUGAAAGAAAGAGAUAUGGUUAAAGAGUGUAAUAAGGAAUUCGAUGGCAGGAUGUGAAGUGAGUGUGAUAUUUCUGAGAUGCUGCUGGCAGGUCCAGGGCAAAAACCGGAGGCGUAGAGGAUGACAGAGAGAACGGAGGAGAAAAUAAAAAAUAACACAGGAAAUCCAGGAGAAAACA